AUGCGCUGGGUUUCAUUUGUCACAAUCAUCAGCGUUGCGCUUGCACCGGCAGUCAGUGCCCGUCCUCGGUGUCGACCUGAUAAGCAGACUACCACCUCCGAUGCUGCAUCUUUGAGCGACACUGCAACUGUCACGAGUCUGGAUACCUCCACUGCAACUGCCACUUCUUUGGAUAUUCCUGUUACCCGCGAGACUACCACCGACUCUACCACCACCCUCGAGACCACAACUAUCGCAGUUUUGGAGACUUCGACCGACCUCCAUUCCGCUGCCAUUACCGAGACAAUCACGGCCGAAGCAACUACGACUGAAGUGACCACUACUGCAGCCGCUACCACCACCCAAGCUGCUGGGCCGACUAUUUAUGUCAAGAACGGCGAGUUCGAGGAUCAGCCAAACACCGCCUGGACUGUACAAGACGCCCAAAUCAAGACCGACGUAUCAAAAGCCUCUUCAGGCAGCCGAUAUGUUCAAUUCGAUGCUGUGAAUGAAUUUGUAACCGGCAGCAAACAGAUAAGCCAAAACAUCAAAAGCCUUAGCACCGAACGCCUCUAUCGCUUAGAUGUCGCUUCAGUUGUCUUUAGUGAACCCGCUGUUGUUCGCGAGCCUUCCACCAUUUGCGUUAUUCAACCCAAUUUCGGUACCAGGUCGCUGGCACAGUGGCGUCUCGAUUUCGAUAACCUUGAUCAAUACAAGGCCAACUUUGUCAACUUCACCCCUGAUACAGAGGAUGGAAUCUUGUUGCUUAGACUUCGAUGCAGUGAUGGCAAGGUGGUUAGCAUAUCUGCUGGUGUGGAUGAUGUUUCGAUUGUUGACAUUGGGCCCAAGUUGGUUGGCUAA